CAGAAGAGGGAGCAACAGAGAGCAGUUAGCCGAAAUCUGAGUGCCUGAAUCGGAUCAACCGCGAGCACGAUGCCGCUAACUCCCCGGAGCUUGAAUAUCCAAUAUCCAACUUCAAAUUAACUUCACCGCGGUCUCAGAAACUCCUUCAAUCAGCCGAGCUGUCAGUCAAUUUUAAAGCGAGCCAUCUCCGUCAGCAGGACUUGUUGAUCUUCCUACAGCGGACGAACACGCUGUCUUAUCUGAGCCCGACGCAUGAGCAAUAAAAGCGCACAUCUGCGACAGCAAAAGUAAAGGGUUAGGACAGCAGACCCGCUGCGUUCGUUGCUGCGCAGAGUCUGCAUCUAUGAGAGGAGCGCACAACACAACUAUUCGGGGGUGGCGCACAGAUGCUCGCUUGCGCCGAGGUCCUGCGACUGAAAUCUGAGAAAUCAGCACAAGAUCCACCCUGUCCUUUCUGAAUGGAGGACACAGGCAGCAGCUGGACAGCUGAGCACACCACUACAUAUGUGCAGGACGAUGACGGCGGGAACGACACAGGUCCAGUGUUUGAGGUGGUGCUGCAGAACAGCUCCUCCAAGCACAUCCCUCAGUUUGCUGGUGUGGAACUACUGCAGUCAUUCAAGCUGCUCAUCAUACCCUGCUACACUCUUGUGGCCAUUGUGGGCGUAUUUGGCAACUACCUGCUCCUCUAUGUGAUAUGCUGCACCCGUAAGAUGCACAAUGUCACCAACUUCUUUAUUGGAAAUCUGGCUUUCUCUGACAUGCUGAUGUGCGCCACGUGCGUCCCCUUCACUCUGGCCUAUGCUUUCAACCCUCACGGCUGGGUGUUCGGCCGAUUCAUGUGCUAUCUGGUGUACCUCAUUCAGCCGGUGACGGUUUACGUGUCAGUGUUCACGCUCACUGCCAUUGGUGUGGACAGAUAUUAUGCUACUGUGCACCCACUGAAGAAGCGAAUCUCAGUGUUGGCAUGCACCUACCUUCUGUCUGGGGUCUGGCUGCUGUCCUUUGGUCUGGUAGCUCCGGCUGUGGCUCAUACCUACCAUGUGGAGUUUCAAAACGAGGGCUUCACCAUCUGUGAGGAGUUCUGGAUGGGUCAGGAGAGAGAGCGGCUGGCUUAUGCCUACAGCACACUCCUUAUUACCUACGUCCUGCCUCUGUCGGCGCUCUGCAUUUCCUACCUGUGCAUCUCAGUCAAACUGAGGAACUGUGUCAUCCCAGGUCACCACACUGAGAGCCAGGCGGAGGCUCAGCGCCUGCGCAAGCGCAAGACAUUCCGCCUUGUGAGUCUUGUGGUUGCAGCUUUUGGCAUUUGCUGGAUGCCCAUUAGUGUGUUCAACGUUCUGCGUGACAUUGACAUUGAUCUUAUUGAUAAGCACUACUUCCUGCUCAUCCAGCUGCUCUGUCAUCUGUGUGCAAUGAGCUCCUCUUGCUGUAACCCUUUCCUCUACGCAUGGCUGCACGACCGCUUCCGCGCUGAGCUUCGCAAAAUGUUCACACGCCGCCGCCGCAUUGGCAUUUCAGCCAACAACUGUGCCACUGCCAGCGUGGUUUUGUGAGGCUCUUCUGCUUCAGGCCACAGUAGAGUACAUUGAUCUCAUUCUGAUAGCUUUCUGAUCCCCUUAGGGUAAAGUUUUGCAAGUGCAAAGAGGAGUUCUUGUCAACUGGCUCUCGCUCAGUGAAGCCAAAUCAUUUGAAAAUGUACAGUGUCCCAUGACAACUGCUCUUUGCCCAAACACUAAAUUUAAAUUAAAAUCAAUUAAAAUGUGUUUUGUUGAAAUGUUUUUAGCUAAAAACUAUAAGAUCCGCUGUCAUAAUGUCUUCUUACUCUGUUACAGUAUUAAUGUGUCAUAAGGUGUUGUUUAAAACUGUGAGAAUGUCAUGGUGAUUCUUAAAAUUAUGUUCAAACAGUCUCGCUGGCUUUAAUGGUUUAUGUAAAACUAGGUGAUGAGCUUAUAUAAUGCAAAAUGCAUGACAGUGAAGGGAGUAAGGAUGCAUAUGUUGCACUUUUUUUUAACUAAAUGCUGAUUUCAGUUCAGACAUAUAUUCAUUGCCUCUUCUGUGGUUGAGCUGUGAUUGUGAUAAACCGGAUGCAGAGUCGGUUGGAAUAAAAUAAGAAGUCUUACAUCCUAAUGAA